AUGAAGCUUCAGCUGAUGAGCCCUCUGUGGGCCUUGUGGAUUUUUUGUUCAUUGUCGAGAUCUGAUGCCACCAACAGUGCGACAGAUCAGGCGGGGCAUUUUGAAGAUGCAUCCGAGACGUCCUAUUUUGAGUCCGUCUUGGUGGUAACCCACCUUGUCGACUCGGAGAUUCUGCUGAAGUCCAAGCUACCCAAGGCACAAUCUCAACAAGAUGGAAACACCAACAACAACGAAAUGGAAACGUUGAUUCGAGAUACGUUUAACCAGCGAGCCGAAGCCAUGUGCGAUCCCCACCAGACGCGCUUGUUGCAGCUACGCACCGAUUGGACGGCUUUGCGAGCGGAAAUGGGGCGACAAACCAAACAUCACGAAUCUACCGUCAUCAGCGACGACCAGACAUCGUCCUUGGUGGCAUUGCCGGUCCAGUAUCACAUCAUGGGGAUCUGCCAAGGAUGCAAACAGGACGGCGUUCCCGUGAUUUUCGACAAUGAUGGUGGCAGUAGUAGUAUCAAGCAAGAAGAAAAUGACGUCAAGCCAGAACGGCUCAACUGUCCUCCCAACCCGGUCAGUAUGACCCGUGAAGACUUUCAGCAGGCGUUGCAGCAAGCCCUGCAAGAUCAGAGAGAACACUACAGUGCUGCUGCUGCUCGUGAUCCUUCCACCAAGCUCUUUUUUGGCGUGUCGUCCAUGAUUGAGCACGUCCAACAACAGCAACAGCAGCCAGAACAACAAACCCGUCAGUUAGAGGACACCUUUGACUUUCCCUGUAUCGAAGAUGACCCCAAGACAGUGUUACAGUCGACGCUGGUGUUGCAACUACCGGGUGAUUGGACGGAAUACUACACCAAUCUGACGCUGGUGGAAGAUGCCUUUGUGGAUGUGUAUAAUCGGCUCACGUUUCUACUGUGCGAUUCGCCAUUCUUUCGCAAAGUGACCUCCGUCAGUGCCGAGCUAGGACAGGCAGGUUUUAACGAUGUAUCCAAUACCACCCAGGUCCAGUUUGACGUACAAGCCGAUUGUCGCAAUGAAUGCCCCGCAAGUCUUGCCCUCUUUGACUUUUCAACAACAACAACAACAGGAACCAACAGUAGCGACAACAACCCACUAGACGCAGGAGACCCAAUCAAUACUGGUAAUACCAGUCUCGUCGAUGAUCCUACGGCGGUCGUGAUCUUGGCCAACCGUCAGGGCCCCACACCUUGCAGCUGUCCCCGCAAUGUGGAGGUGGAUCCACCCAUACGGGCUCCGACCGUAGCCGAAUUCGCUUCGGUGUUUGAACAAGAUGUCGAAUCGAUUUACCAAGACUUGGUGGCAGCAGCUGCAUCCGAAGAAUUGUUCACGGGAGAAAUUGAGACAGUGGCAUGCGACGACGACGUUCGCAUCUUUACGUCCUAUGCCUUUGUCGACCUGAUCACAGCUGGGGACGAAUCGUCGCUGCAGGAGAGUGAAAAGCAGGCGUUGCAAGACGCCUUUCGGGUCAUUUACAAUCGAUUGGCGUUCCUCAGCUGUGAUCCCUUCUUUCGUCAAGUCAUUGACGCAACCUUGGAAGAGGACGAAACGGUUCGACAACGCGUUCUCCAGCAGCUCCAAGAAGAAUCAGACGGCAGCUACAACAAUAACGCGACGGCAUUCAACAUGACAAACACCACCAAUACAACAACCACAACAACCGUUCCCGAUGAGAGAAGUAUCAGUGGAUCUCUCUUUUCCGUUACGGGAACUUGCAGAGGUUGCCCCGUCACAUCGACUGGAUCGUUCCAAUUGUUUGACGAUACCUUUCGACGUAGUCUACGGGAAGAAUACGAACAGUCGACUCGAUCGAAACGAUUGCCACGGUUUACGCCACCCCGUCGCAAUCUCGAAGAAGACUCCUGUGUUUGUCCCGUGGAAGUGCAAGUCGAGCAGUUGUCCAUUAAUGAAUUUGUCGUUUCCUACAACGAAGAACUUGAGGACUUGCAAGAACAAGGCGUGUUGGUUUCGAUCGAGACGGUUCAAGAACUGCAGGAAGGACAACAAGUGGGCUGUGAAGGGGAGAUCCGAACCUUUACUACAAAGGUGUUUGCCGACGUGACAUUGUAUGCCGACGACCUGAGCGAUGAGGAAAAGUCUUCCUUGGAAUACCUCUUUCAGGACACGUACAACUCAUUGACGUUUGCGCUAUGUGAUGGCCUAUUCAGAUCCGUCGUUAAUGUCAAUCUGGACUCAACUGGGGCUUCACCGUUGGGUUUUCGGAGAAGAGGGCUUCAGCAGGAGCAAGGCAUUUACAAUGGGACCUCCUUCAACGCUACUUCCAAUGCUACCAGCACAUUGGAGGACGUAGGAGUUCAACCGGGCGACAAUCAAGGGGUCACGCCCGAAGUUUUCCAGGUUGCAUUCAAUGAUCGAGUUAAGGAAGAACAACAGCUUCAAGGCGGUUCGCUAGACGCAGUGAACGUCACUGUGGACAGCAUUCUCGAAGGGCAAGAGGUAGAAUGUGGGCCUGAGCCUCAAGAGUUUGCAACCACAGUGUUUGCUGAUGUGAGCCUGGAUUACGAUGAGUUGACACCUGAGCAAGUGGCAACACUGGAAGGCGUUUUCCAGAGUAGCUACAAUGCACUCGCUUUUUCUGUCUGUGAUAGUUUGUUCCGGAGUGUGGUAGAUGUCAGUUUGCAGACUGGCGAGACCGCAAGACGUCUACAAGCGGACUCCAGUGGCUUGGACAACGACAACUCCGCUUUCUUGAACACCACACACAAUGCAACAAACACCUCAUCAGCAGACGGCGCGGUCCUCAGCGGCAGAGCCGCGGUAUUCUCGGUGACCGGACAAUGUCGUGGCUGUCCUGUUUCCGAUACAGGGCAAUUCAGCCUUUUUGACGAUGCCUUUCGUCGGAGGAGAGAAUUAUCUGAAAUGGAUCAAGACUUGUUUAGUAUCCCUCGUGGAUUACUUGAGGCAGAAACGUUUUGCGUUUGUCCUUCUGGAGUUGAACCGGGGCAGCAAGAAGGCCCUACUUCAGAAGUAUUUCAAGUUGUUUUUUCUGCGCAAGUUGAAAAGGAGAGGAAGGAAAGUGGUGCAUUGGACGGGGUGGAAGUCUCUGUUGAUAACUUGAUCGAGGGGCAGGAAGUGAAUUGCAGCUCCGAUGUGCAACUUUUUACUACUUCAGUUUAUGUGGACGUCAGUCUCAGCCUGGAGGAGUUGAAUGAUGACCAAAAGGCUGUCCUGGAGAGCACAUUCCAAGACACCUACAAUGACAUGGCAUUUAGUGUUUGCGAUGGCUUGUUUCGCAGCGUAGUUGGCGUGAACCUGGAAAAAGAAUCAUCCGAACAAUUGUUCUCGAAUCGACAGCUUCAAGAGACUUCGCUUUCGUUUCUGAAUGGGACGCUCAACGGAAAUGGCACUAACUCAAGCUCUCUGAUCAACGAAACUUCAGUGGGAAGAAACACAUUGUUUUCGGUGACAGGCCAGGAGAAAGAAGCUGGGACGUUGGGGGAUAUCAAUGUGACCGCUGAUGCUAUCGUUGAGGGGCAAAUUGUCGAUUGUGAACCGACCCAAGAGGAAUUCAGGUCAGAAAUUUUUUCUGAUUUACAAGUCAACCUGACGAGUUUGACAGUGGAGGAAGUUACGUUGUUGGAGGAAGCUUUUCGUGACGUGUAUAACAACAUGGCAUUCUUCUCUUGUGAUACGUACUUUCGUGCACUUGAAGAAGUCCAACUAAGGAUUGGUCAACCGGAAAAGAUUUUUCCCAAUAGACGACUCGAGGAGGCGUCGAAUUACACGUCAUUCGACAACUUCACCAAUACAACGAAUACAACUCUUGCCGAAAACUCAACCUAUGCGGUUCAAACUUACGUUGGGAAUACUCUGUUUUCUGUAACAGGCAGCUGCCGGAACUGUCCAGUGUCAGAUGCGGGGUACUUCAAUAUUUUUGACGAUGCCUUUCGCAGAAGGUCGCUCGAAGAGUCGAGAGAAUUCAUAGUGCAGCAUACACGGAUCUAA